AUGGCUAUAGAACUCAUCCAAGGGAUUCUCAACUGGGCUUCUGGGUCUGAAACAACUUAUUGGCCUCUAGUGAAUAAAGUAACAUACAAAGAAGUUUUACAGAGUAUAUCUAGGAUUCCAUCAUUAAAGAACGACAAAGAGAGAUGUCAAGUUUGGGUUCGUAUUGCAUGCCAGGAGAACUCUCUYGGCAGCUACCUAAACAUCAUUACCCAAGAUGAUAAACUUCUGACGGACUUCUACCAACCUCAUGCUUUUGUAUUUGAUAAAGAAAAAGUAGACACAGCUAAAACAGCCUUAUUGUAUGGGUUAUCACAUCUUGAUUUCAAUAUAACUUUAGAUAUUCCAAGACAUGAUCCGCCAGCCAGAACAGAAUCUUUCACUGGUCCAGAAAAAUCUAAUACCUUCAAUGGCUUGGAAUCAUCAUUCUCCACUUCGUCAAAAUUCACAAACUCUGUGGCCAGCUCUUCAUUUAGCACUGUUCCACAGGGAAAAAAUAUUUCAAAGAAGAAGAAGAAAGUGAAAUCAUCUGUAGCUAAAAUUGCMGAUAGUCUKGACGAUGGCGUUGGAGUUAUGAAUUCUGUUGAGAAAUAUCUUUAUAACAUGUCUGAUUCUCAUGAGAAUAACAAGACAGAAGGUGAGGCACUUGAUGUUCAAACAUCAGGGCAGAGAAAUGAACACGUAAAUAUGGCACGYCAAGUCAAAGUASCAAAGGAGAGAGAAAUUGUAGAUAGUUUUCAAAAUGAUUCACAAAGUGCAGGAGAAUCUAAAGACAAUGAAGAAAUCUCAAGUCUCAUGCAAACAGAUCAAUUAUUAUCACAUAAAGAUGACUUAAACAAGACAGAAGAWGGCCUCCAAAAUAUCCAAGAUUUGCAAUAUCGAGAAGAAAAAUCUAGUAGAACUGAAGUAUCAAUGUUGGAGAAUAWAAAGUUAGGUGUAAAUGAAGUAUCUUUAGCUGAAGAAAAUCAAUAUCAUAAUGACSUUCAUCAAGAACAUGRUCAAGGUAAUGAUCRUGGUCCACAGGAAGAAAAUKGUAYGGRAAAUUCACCUUUUAAMAACCWUACAAAUMAAUCUAAUAAAGAGACGCAAUCACCUCAAAACUACRACAAACCAUUUCAACAACAUGAAGAAAAAAAGAUAGAUAAUGAAUUUGAUUAUCAAGUUUCACGAGCACAUUUUARAUAUGGUACACCAACAGAACAAUCACUUGAYRWCUYAAAGGAUGAAAACRUUUCCCCUGAAGAUAACAAUGACUUCAAUUUUGUUCCUGGAAUUCACAAAGCUGAUACAUGGCGUUCRMACAGUGGUAGCUUUAACAGCCUGAAUGGGUCAGGGUCAUUUAAUGAUAAWAGUMRACCUGGRACAGAGAAAUUAAGAUCUUCRACACUUGAUUCAAAGACGUCAGUGAGUAGUAGUAUACCACCUGAUGAAUCUUGGAGAUAUGUGACAAACACCUUGGCWGGAAUCGAGAGGAAGGAUUCUAGAGUAGACAAUAUGAGUAUUGCAACAGAGGAUAGUUUAGGGGAUUUGGCCAUGUUUGAGGAACUUUUGGGCGUGAGUGAAGAUCACUUCUCCUCCCCUGAAUCAUUUAUGGGGCUUACAAGUUCUGAAGAGUUCCAGCAUGCCAUUGUGUCAUGUAAAGAAAUGAUUAAAGCUACAAAUAACCCAGAAGAGAAAAAGAAAUUAGUCAAACAAUUGAUUCAGUUAAGAAUCAAACAGCAGGAGCAUAAAGAUAACUCUUUCACUGAGAAGAUACCAGACGCCAGGAAGAUCCUGGGCCAUCAGUUCAUCAAAGAACAAGACACAAAGGCCUUGAGUAAUGUCAUCUGUGAUAGGUGCGGGAAAUGGGUUUGGACAAUGUGGCAGUCCUUGUUCACUUGUCAAGCGUCAGACAAARCAGUUCCUUGACCUUAUGGCCAAGAAACCUAUCUUAGACCUCGACCAACUUAAUCCAGCACUGUUUAAGUUCGUUGGUGAAUUACGAGAUAUUAAGAGGUUCAGAGAGGAAAUCCUCGUAAUGAAGAAAUACUUCAUGAGCUGUCGUUCUGCGCUCGAAAGCAAACUACUUCUCCAUCUGCAAGACCGUCAACAUUUUGUGGACAAUUCAAGCAGCUAUUCUCUUCAAGACCUGCUGGAAGUCGAACGAGGCACCAUGUUGCCGUUCAUCACUCGAGUUCAUUCGUUAUUCCUUACACACAUCAAGUCAGACUGCGAGUUAUGUAGAGCGAAAGGGUUCGUAUGCGAGAUCUGCCGAGCCGAUGAGAUCAUAUUCGCCUUUGAUCCCCACGCGAUACAGUGUACAGACUGCAGAACAGUAUUCCACAGACUUUGUUUCAAAAAAGAUUCAUGUCCCAAGUGCCAACGAAUCAAACAAAGAACGCCAAAGUGACUUCACUCCAUGAUUGUGUGUGUGUGCAGCCAUUUUAAAACGGUUGUCGCGAUUGAUUCUUAAUUACUCAAGUUACUUGGAUUUUUAUUUGCGUUUGCAAGCUUUUUGGUGGCAGCUUUAUUAACGCWGUAUCGCUCUACGUCCUCAAAGGUUUUUUUUUUUGGCAGAAAAUGACCAAAUGCAGUAGAUUUAUCAAUUUGWGUUUUUAUACUCUAGUGCCCUAUGUAAUAUACUUCUUAUUUAUUGAUUGUAUAGUAUUAAAAUAAUUCGUUAGUUCAAUAAUAAUGUCAAAUAGAAAUUUAGCAAAGAUAAUUACGAAACUGAUGCUGGUUAUAAUUUUCACAGCUUCAACACUACAUUUCUUGCUUUUAAUAAUGGCGUCGCUGAACACUCCGUAUUGGUUUUUUGAGCGCAAAUACAAAAURGGUAUUAUUAAUAUAAUUUAUAACUCUAAACUUUUCAAAUAUCAGUAGAGUUACUACAAACAUUGAAGUCUGCGGUUGCAGAAUUGUGCUCAGGCGCUUUUCUCGCUUUUUGGGCGGCGCGCAAUGGAUGAAGGGAAGGGCGAAGGAGACUUUUCGUGGCAAAAAAAGAGCAAACGACUGGGUACGAGUCUGCUUCGGUAAAGUAAUUAUAUGAAGACACUGAAACUACAGCAUAAURAAAUUAUAGAAUUACUUAUUGCUGGACUGCUGUUGCUUUUUUUAGAAAUAAAUUAAUAGAGUUUGCAUA